AUGGCACAGUUUUCAGAAGAGAUCAGGUAUCUUUUAGAAGAUAUGUCACUGUCAGAAGAUAUGCUACAGACUUGUGAAGAGAUGUCACCAGUUUCAGAAGACAUACCGAUUCUUGAAGACCUGCCACAGAUUUUAGAGAUGUCACAAAUUUCAGAAGAGACCAUGCAUGAGCUCAAGAAGAAGCUCAUUUUCGAUCGCGUUCCUGCAGCUAUCAUCGCCAGGUCUUGUUUGGCUAUCCUAAAAAGCAUGAUCAGCCUUUCGUACAGCAGUGUCAUGCUAUUCAUUGACAAAUAUAAUGAAUCUAGGCUUCGGCGCAAAUUUGAGGAGAUUCAGAAAUUUCAGGAAUUGACUCGCUCCUUCUCAGAUGAUGAGAACGACGAUCAUCUUGAAUUCAUCCGCUCCUUCGCAGAUGAUGAGAAAGACGAUCAUCCUGACUUCAACCAAGACCGCAAGGGUAGUUUGCUGCUUUACGCAGCAAGCGUGAUGCCCGUCUCAUGGUAUCUUCGUAAUCAUAAUGACGCUUCGGGGUUAUUUAUCGAGCAGGCAACAACGAUAAGAAUGUGCUGUCUCGAUGAGCUAAAGCAGCAUUACGGGAAUUCUUUCAUGGAUUCUUCCGAUGAUGAUGAUGGCCGUGCACUGUACCACAGGAUGUUGCAAGAGAUGGAAGCUUUGAGAAUGAAACAUCUUCGAGUGCCAGUCACCGACGACGUGGUUUCUGUGGCUCUGCGGACGUAUAAAGACUGUCGGGACCUCGACCUUCCAGCUCCGGAAGGGCUGGCCAUACAUGCCUUGUCUCCCUUGGACACUGGGAAGGAGUGGUUGGUUCAAGAGGUUGAGAUUUCAUCAGAACCAGACUCAUACCCCGAUGGGACAACAAUCGAGGCCAUCACCCUGACGCGCGACCAGCUGCGAGCUCAUUACAAGGGAGCUGGAUUUAAGAAGGAGGUUCCCGCGACUCACCCUACACUUGAUAACCUGGACCUCGAUUUUGACAAGGAGAUCUCCUGUGAAUACGGCAUUGUAGUUGCUUGGAGAUUUGUUGGAAGUGAAGCUUGGAUGGACCGCUAUGGCCACCUUGUUUCGCAGGACCCCCUUCUCCGAGACAAUCUGGGUUAUCCUGGACAGGUCAAUCGGGCUUACUCAAGCGAGUAG